AGAUUAGGGAUCUAAAUAAGAGGCAAUCAGUAAGACGACGUCGUUUUAGUUGUGAAGGUAAUAUGAGGCAGGCGCCAUAGCCAUCUGCAAGAGAGAGAAAGGAGGAAAUGGUGAAAGAAUUGGAAGGACUGACAGAAGAAGAUCGGCGCGCUCUUCGCGGCAGCAAAUUCGCACCCCUCCCUUCAUCAUCCGCCCGCCCUCCUUCUUCUUCUCAACCUAGGUUGGCUCACCCUGGUGGACCAUUGACGACAAACAAGGCUGCUGCUUUGGCAAAGUUCCUCGAAAGAAAGCUCCAUGAGCCUGGUGGAUUGGCUUCCUUAAAUCCUGAUCUGCUGGAAUUGGCAGUCAAAAAUGCGAAAGACACAGUGAAUGCCAGUGGAACUUCAAAAUCUGGAAGGACAAUUAGGCAUGUAACUUCAUUUGGUGAAACUGAGAACUCACAUAAAGAAGAGGAAGUGGAAAAUUCUGAGCUGAAGAAACAUAAGAAGAAGAAAAAGAAAAAGGAGAAAAAGAAAAAGGGAAAACAGAAGACAGUGGAGGACCCUGGACAUGCUACAGUGAAAGGGCCCAAAAAGAAACUCAAAUUGUGAUAUGAUAAAAUUAUAAUUCAUCAUAUUGGUUCUAUCUGAGAAUCCAUUAGCCUCUCAGCAAUUGGGGAGUACUAAAAAAGUUGGAAAAAUUAGGGUUUAGGUGGUGGCAAAUAGUCACAGAUGUAUGUGAUUGUGGAAGGGUAUUUUUUCUUCUUUCCUUUCGUCCCUCCUUAACAAAAUGUUUCAAUUAGUGCAAUUGUUAUUAGACGAGUCAUUAAGUCCUGAAAUCUGUGUGAUUGAGUUUGUGAGUUUUGAUC